ACACAUAUGAUGAACCAGAGUAUGACACAGACAACAAAAUACGACGGUUCUCUGAUCCGACAAAACCAAUGCCACCACCGAGAGAGGCGAUAAAACCAAUCAACUUUCAACAGGUGAUAAUCAACACUCGUACAUCAAUAUCAGUUGUUGAUCAUCAGGCGUUCUCUACCUAAUCUCCUGGUUUCUACAUAUAUCAAUUACAGUUGACUUCAGGACCUUGUUGCUCUAUGGCAUUGUUCAACUAUGUUGCUAACAAAAACCCCUCAAGCACAACGCAGAGCAUAUUGAACGACAUUCAAUCAGAUAUUACGCCGGGUUCUCUUCAGAAAAAUCUUCUUCUUCAAUGCCUCCAUCAACACAUAUUGCGUAGCGUUCAACCCUGCACUGACAAACCUACUGCAAUCAUCAACGGCGAUAACGAUAAUGGUUGCGACAAUACUCUCCAAACAUCUUCUGACAAUCACAUCGUUCUCAUAAUGCCCUACAAAGGCCACGUUUGGGAGAUCGACAGUUUACAAUCAGACCCGGUAUAUUUGGGGCUCGAGGGUGACGAUUGGACAGAAGUUGCACAGCAGCGACUUGAAAGCUGGACAUCUGCCGCCUACCACACAAAAGUUCACAACGAUAUUCAUCCAAUUGUCUUGGAUAAAACAACAUUUCUCCGCUAGUAGACAAACAUUUGUAGCAGGAACGUUCAUCAUAUAAAAGCAAGAGAAUCCAACGCAAACGGCUAAUAGCAGAGAUCUUUCAGAACCAUCGUACAUACAGAGAAAAAAAUAAAAACUGUUGCUUUUGAGCAUUACUCAUGCCACAUAGCUGAUAGCAUAAUCGAAGACCAUACACGGUAAUGACCUG